UUUCAAAACUAGAGGCAGCCAGGGAGAUACCAAUGAAAAUGGCGGCGUUGGGGUCCGCCAAAUCCGCCAGCAGAUUAGGACAGAAAGGAAGAACCAGGCCCGCUACAGUACCUUGUAUUCACACACCUGCACGGGUGCCCACUAUAGAAGAGGUCAGGUGUCCGGUGUGUUUGGAUAUUUUGUUGGAACCCGUGACUAUGCCAUGUCGGCACUCAGUAUGUCUGCAUUGUUUCCAGCGGACUGUGCAGUUUAGUUUAUGCUGUCCCCGUUGCCGGUUGCGGGUGUCCAGCUGGGCCCGUAAACAGUCCCGUGAGAAAAGACUGGUAAACACCGAACUCUGGGAUAUGGUUCGGAAGAGUUAUCCAGACAAAUGCAAGCGCCGGAUGGAGCAACGAGCAGGAGAGGCCGUGGGAGAUGAGAUAUUCCGCUCACUGGCACAAAUUUGCAAGACAGGAGAUCUUCGACAGGACCAUGACAAACAAAAUCUGAAGGUGGGGACCAAUGAAAACAAAGAGGAGAAGAAAAGAAAACCAGCCGUACAUAGAAAGGAAGAAUCUAAUGCCAUGAAACACUUUCAAGACCCUUUGUGUGGAGUGCUCUCCGACUCGGAGAACGAAGAGCCAAUUGGAAGGAGGACAAGGCAUGUAUCGGCUUUUGUCCGCAAAACAAGAACCUCUCCAGCCUUUAGCAGAAGUCUCCCAAACAGUUUGGUGAAGAGAAGCCGGAGCUGCACUGAUUCUGACGACCACAGGGGAAAAACGAGAGGGCUUUCACACGCCCCUGUGCCACACAAGGUCAGCAUCGUGCACAGCUUCAAUGCUGGGAUCCUUCUGUCGUCGGAGAACAGCCGCUCCCUCUCAGCCCCGGUUCUCAUCUCGGACCGCCGGCACCCCUGGAGGAACGUACUGGCCACCUCCACUCCGUUCCCGGUUCCCUUGUCUAAACCCGAGAGGUCCAUCAGCCCUGAGAGCAACGACAGCAUAUCCGAGGAGCUGAACCACUUCAAGCCCAUCGUUUGCUCACCUUGCACCCCUCCCAAGCGGCUUCCGGACGGACGCGUGAUGGAGCCCACCAUCGUGAAGUCCACGCCCCGCAACCUGAGCCGCAACCUGCAGAAGCACACCAGCUACGAGGCCAGCCCCUCAAUCCUGCAGAAAUGGAGGCAGAUCGAGGUGGACCGGCAGAGCAUCAUCAAGGUCACCUCAAAGGGGACCGUCACCAGCCCUAUCGCAGAGGAGCUCGCCGUCAAGGAAGUCCCUCCAAAAGAGAGGGAUGGUGGCAAGUUCUGCUCCUGUGUCCCAGCGAGGGAAAGGGCACUAGGAAGCUUCUGCACGUGUGGUAGACAACCAGAAUCUGUUGGAGCAGAGAAGGAGAAAAGUGUUGCCAGCAACAAGCGCAGACUGAUAUUUGACGACUGUGUCGGAGAGGCAGGACUCUCCAGGCAGUCAUUGAGUAUCAGCUCUUCUUCAGCAACACUGCCUAAACCGGAGUCUUCUGGAACUGAACGUGGACGUGCAAACCAGCUAGAAGGUUGCACUUCAGGCCAGCUCCCUGAAAUACAAGGCCCACCCAUAUCAGUUGGCAAGGAGCAAAAGGUGUCUGUGUCUGACGGACAUGCGGGGCCUGGCGUUUGCAAUCAGAAAGGUUUGGACACACCAAACCAGCAGAAAGAGUCCAACGUUAGGAACUGUGCUCAGAGCAGACCUACCUCAAGGAGGGGCAAGAAGCGUAGCCAGAAGACCAAACACCUGGAGGAGGCAAAAAGUCAGGCAAAGAAGACCAGAACACAGGACCAGGCGGACGACCAGGAGGAGGCUCGUGGCCGAGGGGUCGAUUUGUAUGUGCAGCGACUCCACCAGGAGAGGGAGGACAGACAGUUGGCGCUCAGGCUUCAAAGACAGCUUGACAAGGAAUGUAAAAAAAUUAACAGGCAGAAGACAAGUCCCGAUAAGUACCCGCUUCGAUCGUGGGCCACCGCAGACAGCCAAAUGGAAUACAAUCCGCGGAGAUCAGGAAGAAUCUCUAAAAAGAACGAGCACUUUAAUUACAACUGUUAAUAGUACUUUGCCUUUUUUUUAUUGCCUAUUUUUACUACUUUUGUUUUAUUUUACUUGUAGCAUUUUCAUUCCUCACAUAUGUCAAGCCAGUGAUCAAGCGAACGGAGAGUCUACGGGGGAAUUUAGUUUAAAAAGAAGAGCAAUAACAAUAUCUCAAAAGUUUAUUUAAUGCUGAUUGGGCUUCAUUCUGUUUUAUGUACUUCAAGAAACUUAAUUUGGUACCACACGUUUUUGUCCUCACAGAUAUCCAGCAUUUUAUGUGCACGUUUGUGAAUGUGAGUAAAUAUAUGAAGGUGAAAGCGUCGAGUUUAGAGAGCUCAAAAUGUGAUGCAACGAGGCUGUCAUUAUCUUGUUUACUGUGUUAUUUAGAAAGCAUAAGCUCUUGCAAAAUGAGAGAAUCCAUGUAGCCAACUGAAAAUCCAUGAUUUUGUACUGACCUAAAUAUUUCAGUACUUUCUGAUAUUGUUAUGAAAUAGGAAGGUGUAUGAAAUGUUACUAGUCACACUGCUGUAUUACAUCAGAUAAGUGCAUAAUUUCUGAAAAGGGACAUAAGUCAUAAAUCAGUGAAAGGUAUUGCAAAUGUGAUACUCUAAGUAGACUUCCUGAGCUAAUGAUUUGAACUUUGAUCAUUCUCAAAUAUAAACAGUGGUGUGAUUAAUGUUGACAAGGUUCUGGUCAAACAGACAUUUUGUUGUUUGUUCAGCAGACUUGAUAUUCAGUUAACGAGUUUAAUGCUUUAAGUUUAAUACCUUAAAUAAUGAGCUCAAAGGGAUUCCUUUGAGGAACCAGAUGUGUAAUGUUGCUUUUAGAGAUUAGUCUUAGAUUCAGUUCAGGAGUCCCCCCCCCCCCCCCCCUUUUUGGCCACACACUUUGUGAAUAUAUAUUUUCUACUCUUUUUUUUUUUUCAAAGGGCUAUUAUAUUAAUUUCAGAUUUAUUUUUAUGAGAUUUUCCUCAGAACUAUAUUUACAAAAUUCAUAUGCCAAAAGAGCUUUAAUCAUGACCGCUAAAGUUAAAUUACACACCUCUGUUGGGUGGUGUGUAAAUAUUAUGAAAUGCACAGUAGGCUCUAUGUAGAUUCACUGUCAUAGAUUUAGAUGUAUAUUUUAGGAUGUAGAGAGAGAGUUUUGGAUGUGUGCCAAAAUGACCUCUUCUUAACGGUUACUUAACGGAUCAUCUUACCUUGAUCUCCAUUUAUUGAUAAUCAGAAUGCAGAAUGUAUGAUGUGUCACUAGGCAACGUUGAUUUUUAUGCAGUACUGUAUAUGGACAGAAAAAUUGUUUGUUUUUGUUCUAAUUUGGAACAGAACAUUUGCGCAGAUACGUAAGAAUUUCAUGCGGAUGCAAGGGAGAAGUGAAGUUUUUUUAUUAUUAUUAUUUUUAUGCACUUGGCCUGUCUUCCAAUUGUCAAGCAUCAGUGAUUUGGCAUGUAUGUAUUUAGCAUAGGUAAUACAAAAAAUAUACUCUAAUUUAAUUAUCAAAUGAAUGAUAGGACCUACUGUUCUGUUCUGAUUUAAUAUUGAUAUUAUUUAUGGCCUUUCAAGACUUGGGAUUGUCUCCUUCAAACUCAAUCGAACACUAUCACUGCAGUGACCUGUACUAAUCAUGUCAACUUUUUUGUAUAUGUGUAGCAUAUAAUAAGACAGAUCUUAUAUUUUAUUACACAUGUGAGUAUCUUCCCUGUGUCACAUGUUUUAUCCCAGUUCAGAGAACCCUGAAAUGAGUUGGUUCAGUAUUCAGCAAGGGUUGUUUGUGACCUUUUCAGUAUCAAAUAAACCCACUCAGUGUUUUCAACCUU